GCUAUCCGUCAGACCCAGCAGUCACUGUUCACCAUGAAGGCAACAGCACUGCUUCUGUGUGGUCUGGCACUGGCCUGCGCUACCCAGCAAGGCAACCAGAACCUCAAUGACAAGCAACAGAACUUACUGAAGCUUUUCGUGAAUGUUCAGCAGCCCAACUACAACCAGGAGCAACAGCAGAUCGGUAACAACUUCAACUUCAACCCCAAAAAAUUCAACAACAACUAUGCCGUGAAGCAAUUCCAGAGCGCAUACCAGCAAGGUCUGCUGCCUCGUGGACAAGUGUUCAACUACAACAACCCCAACCAGCUCCAACAGGCCAUCCAGCUGUUUGAUGUGUUCUACUUUGCCAAGGACUUUGACACCUUCUAUCAGGCCGCUUGCUGGGCCCGCGACCGCGUCAACGAGGGGCAGUUUGUGUACGCUCUGAGCGUCGCCAUCGUCAAGCGUCAAGACACCCAGAACAUUCCUCUGCCUCCCCAGUCCGAGGUCUACCCCAACCUGUACGUCAACGCUCAGGCCAUCCAACAGGCCCAGAACAACAAGCAGCAAGGCCAGAAGCAAGCUGUCGUCCAGUCCAACAACACCAACAACUACGUCCAGAACCAGCAGCAGAAGCAAAAACAGCAGCAGCAGCAGCAACAACAACAGCAGCAAGGAAACCAGAACCAGUACCAGCAGCUGUUCAACAACCAGUACCAGAACAACCAGAACUAUGACAACGAGAACCAGGCCAACCAGUACCAGAACCAACAGCAGAACAACCAGGAAGGUCGUGUCGCUUACUUCAGCGAGGACAUCAACCUGAACCAGCAGUUUGCCAACCAGCAGAUCUACAACCCCAACUGGUUCAACCAGCAGAAGUACAACCAGAAGAACCAGAACGUCAAUCAAGGCGAGAACUUUUACUACUACCUGCAGCAGGUUCUGGCUCGUUACAACCUGGAGAGGUACGCCAACAACUUGCCCAACGUGCAGCCCUUCCAGUUCAACAAGAAUGUUCAGCCCGGAUACAACCCCCAGCUACAGUACCACAACGGUCAGGCCGUGCCCGCCCGUCCCAAUUACGUCAACAUCAACAACGCCAACAACAACUACCUGCAGCAACUGCAGAACAUUGACAGACGCAUUGCUGACGCUGUCGACAGCCAACAAGUCAAGAACAACCAGGGAGGCAAGCAGGCUCUGAAUGCUGAGAAUGGAGUUGCUGUUCUGGGUAACAUUGUGCAAGCCAACGAGAACUCAGUCAACAACCAGUACUACGCUGCCAACAAUGGCCUUUACGGUUACUUCAACGUCUUUAGGAAGGUGGUUGGAAGCAUUGUUGACCCCAACAACAAAUACCAGGCUGCUCCCGGAGCUAUCGAGACCAACUCCGCUGCCCUGAGGGACCCCGUCUUCUACCAGAUCAUUGCCCGCGUUGUCAACUACUUCCAGAACUUCAAGAACCAACUGCAGUCCUACAAGCAGGAGCAACUGAACUUCCAGGGAGUCGAGGUUCAGGCUGUGAACGUGGACAAGCUGGUCACUUACUUUGACAACAACGAGGUGGACUUGUACAACGCCAUCAACUACCAGCAGGGAGAGCAGGCCGAGAACUACCAGUACAAGGCCCAGCAACAGCAGCUCAACAACAAGCCCUUCAACUACCAGAUCCAGGUCAACAGCCAGCAGGACACAGACGCUGUCGUGCGAGUCUUCAUCGGACCCCAAUACGACGCUCAGGGCAACCAGUACACUCUGGAGCAGGCCAGGCAGAACUUUGUUGAGAUUGACCGCUUUGUCACUAACUUGAAGAGUGGUCAGAACAAGAUCCAGCGCAACUCCCAGCAGUCCACCAGGUUCGUACAGCAGCAGCCCAACUCUCGCGCCAUCUUCCAGGGACAAGUCAACUACAACCAGACCCAACAACAGCAGCAGCAGUACACUCUGCCUCAGAACCUGAUCCUGCCCAAGGGCUCCCAGAACGGCCAGCAGUACGUGUUUGUGGUGGCUGUCAACCAGUACCAACCUAACAACAACCAGAACAGCCAGUACAACAACCAGCCCAAUGACAACCGUCCCCAGGGCUUCCCCUUCGAUCGUCAGGUCCAGCCUCAGAACUUCCAGCAGGCGAAGAACAUCUUCUUCCAGACUGUAACUGUCUACAACAAGAACAACAACAACCAAUACUGAACACUUGGAACAGUAACAAUGUAAAAUAUCUGUGAUCUUUUAAUUUUUAUGUAAAUUUGAAUUAAGUUAUUAAAUUUAAGCUAGCAGUAUGACUUGACUUUGGAAAAUAAUUAAACACUUUUCAAUAAUUUCACAACUGUUAAUAUAUAAAGGGUGUCCCAACAAGAACGCCGGAUUUAAAAUUUUAAUAAACCAUAUUUUUUCACGCUAAAUUUACAAUAUGAAACAUGAAUCUUAAAGCAUAGUAUCUCCGAUUAGUAAUGGAAUAUUAUGUCUCGUAAGUGCCCACUUGCUGCCUGCUGACAAGCCAGACAUCUAUUGACGAAGUUUUCUAUAACUUUUUCACCCAGUUCAUGUUGAAUUCCUCUAAUGGCACGAAUAAUUUCCACCUUCAGGUCUUGGAUUGUGUGACGAUUAUUGGCAAAAACAAGCGACUUUAAACAUCCACAAAGAAAGUAGUCACACGGUGUUAAAUCGCACGAUCUUGCUUAGAUGAAUGUGUCCGUCAUCACUGAACAGCAAUGUUUUUUAAAACAAGUCAUUUUCAUCUCGAUUUCCAACCACCUAGUUUACAAAUUCAGGCCAUUUUACAGGAUCUCUUGGCUUGAUCUCUUGUUUCAGUUGGAUUUUUUAGGGAACAUGUGAAGGUCUUUUAUCAAAAUUCUUUGUGCUGUGCUCCGAGCUAGGCCUAACUGCUGACUACGCCGACGAAUCGAUGUUUUUGCGUUGUCCUCUACACUAUCAUGUACAGCAUCAAUAUUUUCAAGGGAACGACCUGCCCGACUACGCACUGGUCUUUUAAUGUCCAAAACUGAGCCAGUUCCUUCGAACUUAGAAAUUAAUUUUCAGACAGAUGACUCAUUUUGUGCAUUAUCCCGGGCGAAAAUAGCGCGCAGCUUCCGCACCGUUCCAGCGAAACAUUCACCGUACUUGUAGUGCACUUUAACUAUGACCACGCGUUGAUCCGUCGUGUAGCGAUUCAUGACUACAAAUGGGACAUAAUACUGAUAACAUCGCUGAUAAUUUGGGAAUUCCUAUUGAAAUACAAAUAAGGAUAUGACGCUCCUGAAAUCCGGCGUUCUUACUGGGACACCCUUUAUUUUAAGAAAAUGUUUUUAAGUGUUUAACGUUAAACAUUUCUUACUGCUGGUUUUUGCUCAAGCAAGAGUACAAAGGAUAAAAUUUGUAAAUUUCUUAAUCUUACAGAAAAUAAAUUUUCUACACACUUCAA